AUGGCGCUGUCACCGCCUGAUGCAGCUGCAGCGGCUGAACAGCACACCGUGUCCGACAACAGCCUCUCGCCAGUGCGGUCAGAUGCGAUCGACGCCCUUCGCAGUAUUCAACACUCAUCCCAGCUCGCUGCUUGGAUCGAUCACCACGUCAACUCAGCGUCCAGUACCGAUACACCUGCUACAGUCACUGCAAAGCUCGAUGAUGUAUCUGCCAACCUGCGCCAGCUAUCCCUCUCCCUGUCUUCUGUCCGCGAUGCCUCCCGUACCGAGCUAGAUCAGAUCAUCACCUCGCUCGUUUCGACCAUCCCCAAGAUCGGUAUCGAGCUCAGACUCAUGUCUGAUACCGCAACUACACUUCAGACCUGCAUACAGUCACUACAGAACCAGACGGCCUCCAAGGAUGCAUCUACAGACAUCACCUUAGCCAGGAUCGCAGCGCUGUCCAAAGCAAAAGCUGGCCUCAUCGAGGCACGUCAUGCGCUCCGAGAAGCACAGGCGUGGUCCACCCUCGAGAGUCAAGUUACGAUACUUUUAGGCGAGCAAAGGUGGCAGGAAGCUGUCGAGAGAAUAGCGAAAGCCACAGAUUCCUUACGUCUCUUUAGUGGAUCCGCAAAAUCGACCGAGGAAAAGAGCCAACUGCUGCACACUUUGACCCAAAAAAUUCACGAACAACUCAUCCGCGUGCUGCAAACAGCGAUAAUCGAUCGGGAUUCGGACACAGUAGCUCGCAUGGCGAAUCUUCUUGCAACAACUCAAGAUGGAGUACCUACAUUCUUUCGUGCCUACACGUGCACUCGCUCACAGAGUUUGCUCUCAAGAUGGGCGCAGACGGCAUCCGAAUCGAGUGGAAAGUCACUUCCAGCACAGUUCACCUCGCUCUUUGGCGAUCUUCUCGCGCUGCUUGGCGAAGAGCGUGUCGCGGCCUCAUCCCUUUUCACCGAUCCCAACAAAGCCAUUCAACUCCUUACGGCUGAUGUCCUGGUCAGGCUCGACCCGCCCAUGCAUGCUUGCAUCCAGCAAGCCACACGUGCACCCGACCUCGAGUCUUUCUUGGCUUGCCUGACUGAUGCAUUCAAGGCUGUUGAGGAAGUUGUCCGGACAAUCAAAGCAAUACUACCUCAAGCACAGUCAUCACAGCGACUUCUGCAGGAUGACCAACUGGGUGGUGCAGCCUCGCCCAUCAACAGCGAUCUCCUCGCCCUCGAUACCACGGAAAAGCCCUGGCUUCAGCUCAUCCUUGAGCCAUUCCUUCCCUACCAGACCCGUCUCGCCACUUUCGAAGCCGAAGCCAUGCAAGUUCGCCUGCAGAAUCUCCAGUCUUCGGCACCCACUGCUACGUCUUUGGUCUCGACCGCGUCUACACAGGCACUCCUUGUCGCAAAGACUGCUGUUCGACGGUCAACAGCGUUGACAAAAUCCUUUGCAACGCCUUCACUCCUUCCUUCGCUCGAUAGCCUGCUUGAGACCGCGAUGGGACGCGCCCACAUUGGUCUUCGUUCUGAUCUGCAACGCGUGCUGACCGAUCUGCAGACCAGAAUUCGUCGACAACACCUUUCCGAGACAGCCAGGCAAGCUGCACCAACUUACGACGAAAGAGGCGAGGUGCUCAACUCGAGCGAUUGGAACGAGUUCAAGAAAGCGACCGGAACACUGUCUGUCUGUCGUGAGUCGCUUGCUGCAGUGCGGAGCUUGGAAGAAGUAAUUGCCUAUCAGAUUUCCGAGCUCAGUGCGGUUGCUAAGCCACCGUCGUCAACGACAACAGAUGCAGAUCAGAUGACAAUCGACUAUUCUAGCCCUGCGACAGCUUUGGCGACAUCUUCGCUCAACACGACCACGUUGCACGAGCAGAUCAACAAAUGCAAGCGUCUCCUCUCCAAUGCUUCAUGGAACUCGUUCGCAGAUGAUAUUUCCUUGCUACCUCUUGCUCGAGCCUCGGUGCUGUCAAUCGCUUCGACGGUGCAAUCCUUCCAACACGAUCUUGUGCUCUCGCAAUUCUUACCCGAACUCGAAGUCUACCCAUCGUUGCCCAUCUGGACGUCGAACAAGCAUCCCAGCAUUAUCAACGAAUACGAUUUGGCGAUGCCCAAGUUUAGUUUGAGCCCGACUGAAGCUAUGGCGAGAAUUGGCGAGGCCAUGCUGAACCUGCCUAGGUUGUUCGAAGGGUAUGCGGACGAGGUGUUGCUUUUUUGUCUCAACGAAGGCAAACGGUCAGCGGCGACAUCCGGUUCCGAACCGGCAGCAGAUCGAGACGAGAAAGGGAUGCGUGCAAGACACACAACAAUGGCAGGCGGCUUGUCGUCAUCCAUCGACACAUGUGCGGCGGAAAGGUCGACCAUGCAUCGACAAGCUUUCUCUACCACCACGGUCCCUGCCGAUCUGUACACCACCACCGCCGCCGUUGGUCGAGAGGCCGAUGAGACUGAAGCUGGCGUGCUAUCGCGGUACCUGCGCUCACUUCUGACGCUCUUGCUCACGCGUUUCCUUACCGACGUCGUGCCAUCUCUUCCACGCUUGACCGAGAUCGGAGCGGCGCAGCUGGCGGCGGAUCUCGACUACCUCUGCAACAUCUCUUCCGUCAUCUACGCCGAGAGCGAGGCAAUACUAAAGUUCUGGAAAAAGGCGGUUGAAAUCAGCGCCGACACGGGCAGGUUGUUGGUCUCCGAAAACAUGGUGGGUGUCAAGGGCGCCGUUGCAGGCGGCGUGAAGAACGACGACUUGGACGGCUGGAGUUCAGAGCAGAUUGAAUCCAUGGUCAGGUCAGAUGCGUUCAGCACCGUAUCUAGGUUGAGAGGCUGGAUCUGA